AUGCUUCAAUCACCCUGUUGUUCGUCAGCAUUCUCCUGGCUUUGGACGACUUACUUAUCUCAGGUCUCUCGUCUCAUCUUACUCGAGGUUGCCCCGGUAUUCACCACAACACCAAGUUGUGGUCACGAUGCGAUAUUCUAUCAAGUUGUCCUGCCAGAACGCACUUCACCUACCAAAACCCAGACCGCUUGUCGUCUGAGAUCCUCUUACCCGGUCUUAAAUAUCAUCUUCACGCUGUUCUGGCGUCCAUUCUGUCCGACUAGACCGGUCUCAAUUGUCUUCUGGUUCUCACCUCCAAAUUCUCCACGGACUCACCCCCGAGCUCCACCAAUUUAUAUAACAUCUGAGGCUCUCCUUCACCUGAACUCCUUCACCUCGAUACCGACUGGCAACACCCAUUAUCAAAGCUCCCGCCGUCAACUCCACGUGACCGGCGACGCGACUUGUACGUACGCUCCUUCCUUAUUAUCCUCACUGGGUCCAUGCUUUCCUCAUAAGCCCGGACCUGCGUGUUUGCUGCCAAAGUCUUGGCGUUUCCAGAGCAGCUGCCUCUUGUUUUGUUGUUGUCCGCCACCACUACCUGACCCUCUUUCUCAUACCUUGCCCACCCAGAUCCCCGCUUCUGGUUGUCACUACGACGCUGGACAGCACCACCAUCAUCACCAUUGUCACUGGCACACUCAUUCCAAAUCCGAAUCUCAUGUAUGUUACCCACCUUCUGGCAUGUGCGACCAUGUCUUUCCGCAUGCGCUCAUGGAGCCCAUCACUGACCGCUACUCUUGCAGUGCAGCCUACCUGGGUUCCACCAUGAACGUCAUGGGUGGCGCCGGCAAGCGUCGAGCUCACGUCGAGCAGCAGUCCAGCUCGACUGGCGGCUCUUCGCGUGCUUCGACUGCUCGUACACCCAAGUCCAUCUCCCGUCUUGACGGCAACCGUGACCCGGACAGCUAUCGCGCACCUAUCGAAUACUCCAAUGAGAAGGAUCUCAAGAAUCUCUCCGACUUUCUUGGUCUCAAGGGCUGGUACAUUGCCCGCGGUAAACCUUUGCCCCAGAACCUUCCCCAGCGCCCGGCGGAAUUCAACAAGCUCGGAAAGGAAGCUCUCGUCACUCUCAACACCUUCAACGUUGCUCAAUUCCCUACCCAGACUGUGUAUCAGUAUGAUAUCGAGUGUUCCAAGAAGAUCGAUCCCAAGGAUCUGAAGGAGUUCAAAGGGCUCCGCGGUCUGCUCAAGAAGCUCUGGAACUCGAAGACGGCCAAGGAACAGCUUGGUGAGCCUCAUCACCUCUGGAUCUACGAUGGCAACAAGCUUGCUUGGUCCACUCGUAAUUUCGAUCGCGAUGAGACUCGCAUCACCGUCAACCUGGACGAUCCGAAGAACUGUGGCAAGGCACGCAAGCCUCGAGAUGACGGCAAGGAGAACAUCCACACUCUAUUCAUUCGAAAGACUCGUAAAGUCGACUUCGCCAGCCUGAGGUCCUUCUUGGAUCGGGGUUCUGACUGGACACCAACCUGCAUUGACACAAUCAACUUCCUCGACCACUUGAUGCGCGAGGGCCCUGCGCAGAAAUACACACAAAUCAAGAAAUCAUUCUUCCAGCGCGGUGAGAAUCGCUUUGAUCUUGGUGGCGGAGUAGAGGCUUUCAAAGGCGUCUUCUCCUCCCUUCGCCCUGUGCUCAACGACAACUUCCAGAAGUCUCUCUCAGUUAAUGUCGACGUUGCCAACGGUACUUUCUGGCGCCCCCAGGAACUUGGUCGUGCUCUGCUGCAGGCUUUCAACUGUACCCAGCCGCAGCUCGCUCAGCGCUUCCGCGAGGCUAAGCAGGAUUGGAAGAAGUCAACCUUUAGGCGCGAUCUUCGUCGGUUCAAGCAUGUCGGCAUAACCUCCAUUCACGGUACUCCGCAGCAAUGGACUAUUGAUGAAUUCGUUCCUAUGGAUGUCAACGACGCCAAGUUCGAGGAUCCCGACGGUCGACAGAUCUCUCUCAUGCAGUAUUUCCAGCAGAAGUAUGGCAAGAACCUCGCUCCAGGCUUUCCUGUGGUCAAGGUCACCAAGAAGAUUCGCCGGAAGGAUGUCUACCUGCCUCUUGAUGUCCUGCGCAUUGAUCCUAAUCAGCGCUACAACACCAAGCUGUCUGACCAACAGACCUCCGCUAUGAUCAAGUUCGCUGUUACCCUCCCUGAGGGUCGCUGGCGUGACAUCAACAAUGGGGUGCGCUUGCUAGAUUGGCAGAAGGAUUCCUAUCUCACCCAUUACGGUCUCAAGAUUGACCCCAAGCCUGCCACUGUCAAGGCUCGCGUACUUCCUCCUCCUAUAGUGAACUUUGGGCCAUGCCGGGAUGCCAAGCUCAAGGAUCAGGAUAUGCUCAACGGUCGCUGGCGCCUUGAUGGUCGUAAGUUUGCUCUGGCCAACCAGAAGGAGGUCAAGGCUUGGGGCGUCUGUUGCAUCAUGCCCACCCGUCGCAAUGAUCCUGGACUCUCCAAGGAUGUUGUUGGCAAGUUCUUCUCUGAGUUCAUCAAGACCUACGAAGGCCAUGGCGGUCGCUUUGCCGUCCACCCCAAGUAUGGCAAGCUUCCAUGGUUCGGCCAAGGUAGCCUUGCUGAUGGCGGUGCUCUUGUUGAGAAGGCAUAUAAUGCCACUGGCAAUCAGUUCAACACCACCCCAUCUUUGCUGUUCUUCAUUGUCAACGAUCGCAACACCGAGGUUUAUCGUCGCCUGAAGAAAUCGCUUGAUUGUCGGUACGGCAUAGCCUCGCAGGUCCUUCAAUCGAAGCACGUUCAAUCUUGCUCUGGCCAAUACAUCUCAAACGUCUGUAUGAAGGUCAACGCUAAGCUUGGUGGCACUACCACAUGGGUUCAGUCUUCAGUCAUCCCUAAGAUGAACCCUGCUUUUGCCUCUACAUCUACUAUGGUUGUAGGGGCUGACGUCUCUCACCCUGCACCUGGUGCUGGUUCCGGUGAAGCUUCUUCAAUUGCCGCCAUUACUGUCUCUCAAGAUGCCCGCUUCACCCGCUACUGGGCAGAGGUUCAAACCAACGGCAACCGCAUUGAGAUGAUUACUACUAAGAACAUCGAGAAUCACUUUACGCCAAUGGUCAAGAACUGGAUGCAGCGUGCUGGAAAUGGCCAUCCUCCCAAGCAUGUCAUGUAUAUUCGUGAUGGUGUUUCUGAGGGUCAGUAUGCUGCUGUCCUAGAGGAUGAGGUUACCGACAUGAAGAAAGCGUUCAAGGCCUUGGGCGCCCGCGAUUGCCCGAAGUUUAUCGUCAUGAUUGCUGGAAAGCGUCACCACAUCCGUUUCUUUCCUCAGAAGGGUGAUCGCAACAAGAACGCCUUGCCAGGUACUCUUGUGGAAUCUGGUUGCACUCAUCCCUUUGAGUUUGAUUUCUACAUGUGUUCUCACGUGGCAAUCAAGGGCACUGCUCGUCCUAUCCACUACGCCUGCAUCCUCAAUGAGGCUGAGUGGGAUUCUCGUCAAAUUCAGCAGUUCAUCUUCGAGCAUGCGUACUCGUAUGUUCGCUCUACUACUCCUGUCUCACUUCACCCAGCUGUCUACUACGCUCACCUGGCUGCUGAUCGUGCUCGGGCUCAUCUGAAUGAGAACCCUGUCUCGUCUGGCAAGAAGGAGAGCAAGCCUCCAGAGGCUCAGUCCUCCACUGGCUCCACUGGUAAGCGCGAGGUCAAUGUGGCCCCACUCAUCAAGAUGGGCAACGGUGGUCACAAGGAGUUCAUGUGGUUCGUCUAA